GCGGAGCCUCACGCGCCGCCUCUCUUUCCUUCCGGGCCGACGGCAAAUGGGUUGCCAUAGUAACAUUAGAACUCUGAGACUGGGAAAGUUCCGCUUCUGCAGCCCCGCCCCAUCAUGUGACACCCCACCCCCUUCGGCCCCAGCCGCUGCCGUUAGCUUCCGGGAAGAGUCCGGUCCGGCGUACGUGGGCGCGCGCGCGUAAGUGCCGUUCGGCAACAGGGCAACCGGCAGGUGAAUAGCCGCAGCAGCAGCAGCAUGUCCGCGAGCAGCCUUGGCUACAAUGAGCAGGGCGGGGAGGCGGCGACGGAACAGGGGCAGGAGGCGACGCCCACCACAGCCCCCUCCGUCCCUGCGGCCUUCGGGCUCUUCAGCAGCGACACCAAGAAGAAUGAAGACCUAAAGCAAAUGUUGGAAAGUAAUAAAGAUUCUGCUAAGUUGGAUGCUAUGAAAAGAAUUGUUGGGAUGAUUGCUAAGGGGAAGAAUGCAUCCGAGUUGUUUCCAGCUGUUGUGAAGAAUGUGGCCAGUAAAAAUAUUGAGAUCAAAAAACUAGUGUAUGUUUAUCUGAUGCGCUAUGCAGAGGAGCAGCAGGACCUGGCAUUGUUGUCCAUCAGCACUUUUCAGCGAGCUCUGAAGGAUCCUAAUCAGUUAAUCCGUGCAAGUGCUUUGAGAGUUUUAUCUAGUAUUCGUGUGCCAAUUAUUGUUCCUAUUAUGAUGCUUGCUAUUAAAGAAGCUUCUGCUGAUUUAUCUCCUUAUGUUAGAAAAAAUGCAGCCCAUGCAAUCCAAAAACUGUAUAGUCUUGACCCAGAGCAAAAGGAAAUGUUAAUUGAAGUGAUAGAAAAGCUUCUGAAAGAUAAAAGUACACUGGUGGCUGGGAGUGUGGUGAUGGCAUUUGAGGAAGUGUGCCCGGAUAGAAUAGAUCUGAUUCACAAGAACUAUCGAAAGCUGUGUAAUUUGUUGGUUGAUGUGGAGGAGUGGGGGCAAGUUGUUAUUAUCCACAUGCUAACUCGAUAUGCACGUACACAGUUCGUGAGUCCUUGGAAGGAGGAUGGUGUUUUGGAAGAGGACAAUGAGAAGGAUUUCUAUGAGUCUGAUGAAGAACAGAAAGAAAAGGAUCAGAAAGUGAAGAAACCCUAUGCUAUGGAUCCAGACCAUAGAUUGCUGAUACGAAAUACAAAGCCCUUGUUGCAAAGCCGGAAUGCUGCUGUGGUGAUGGCAGUUGCCCAGCUUUACUGGCACUUGGCACCAAAAUCUGAAGCUGGCAUUGUUUCUAAAUCCUUAGUGCGUUUACUUCGUAGCAAUAGGGAAGUGCAGUAUAUUGUUCUGCAGAAUAUUGCAACUAUGUCAAUUCAAAGAAAGGGCAUGUUUGAACCUUACCUGAAGAGUUUCUAUGUUAGGUCAACUGAUCCAACGAUGAUCAAAACAUCAAAGCUUGAAAUCUUGACAAAUUUAGCAAAUGAGGCCAACAUAUCAACACUACUUCGAGAAUUUCAGACCUAUGUGAAAAGCCAAGAUAAACAAUUUGCUGCAGCUACAAUUCAGGCUAUAGGCAGAUGUGCAACCAACAUCUCAGAAGUGACUGACACAUGCCUUAACGGCCUAGUGUGUUUGUUGUCCAACAGGGAUGAAAUAGUAGUUGCUGAAAGUGUAGUUGUCAUUAAGAAACUGCUACAAACACAGCCCGCACACCAUGGUGAAAUUAUUAAACAUAUGGCAAAGCUCUUGGACACUAUUACUGUUCCUGUGGCUAGAGCCAGCAUUCUCUGGCUUAUUGGGGAAUAUUGUGAACGAGUUCCAAAGAUUGCACCUGAUGUUUUGAGAAAGAUGGCUAAGAGCUUCACUAAUGAAGAUGACCUUGUGAAGCUGCAGAUCUUAAAUUUGGGAGCAAAACUGUAUUUAACCAACUCAAAACAGACAAAAUUGCUUACCCAGUACAUACUAAAUCUCGGCAAGUAUGAUCAAAGCUACGACAUCAGAGACCGUACAAGAUUUAUUAGGCAGCUUAUUGUUCCGAACGAGAAGAGUGGAGCUUUAAGCAAAUAUGCCAAAAAAAUAUUUCUGGCACAGAAACCUGCCCCAUUGCUUGAGUCUCCUUUUAAAGAUAGGGAUCGUUUCCAGCUUGGCACCUUAUCUCAUACUCUGAACACCAAAGCCAUUGGGUACCUGGAGUUAUCUAAUUGGCCAGAGGUGGCGCCUGACCCAUCAGUACGAAAUGUUGAAGUAAUUGAGUUGGGAAAAGAAUGGUCUGUAGCAUUAGGCAAGGCAAAGAAAGAGAAACCUACAGAGAAGUUUUACUCUGAUUCAGAGGAGGAGGAAUCAGCCAGUACUACUGACACCGAGAGUGAAUCUACUAGUGAAAGUGAAAAAGAGAAAAAUGGGAAGGAAGAAGGCAGCAGCAUGGAGAAUAGUGAGAGUUCAAGUGAAGAACUGAGUGACAGUGAAUCAGAGAGCAAAGAAGGUAGUGCAAAGAAAAAGUUCAAAACUACUGAGGAAAGUGACUCAGAUGACACAGAGAAGAAAACAAAGAUGAUUUCCAAAAAAAGGGAAAGUUCUGGUUCCUCUGACUCAGAAUCUAGCUCAACAGAGGAAAGUUCAUCGGACUCCGAAUCAGAAUCUGACUCUGAAAGUGAUGCUGAGUCUAGGAAGCAUAAAAAUGCUAUUGCCUCCAAGAGAAAACAAAUGGCAGUACCAGAGAAAAAAGCUUCUUCUAAACAAGAUGUGUCCCUAUUAGACUUGGAUGAUUUCAAUCCUGUGUCAACUCCUGUAGCAGUUCCCACUCCAGCUAUUCUCUCUCCAAGUUUAGUUGCUGACCUAGAGGGUUUAAGCUUGUCAAGGUCAUCAGUCAUUGAUGUCAGUUCCCCAAUCUUUGUGCCAAUGAAAACUCAUGAAUUGCUUCAUCGAAUGAGUGGGAAAGGAUUAGCAGCUCAUUAUCACUUCUCAAGGCAGCCGUGCAUUUAUGGAAAUCAAAUGGUAUCCGUACAAGUGACAUUAACGAACACCACAGACCAGAAGUUAGAGAAUAUUCACGUAGGGGAGAGAAAGCUACCUGCAGGCAUGAAGAUGCAUGUGUUUAACCCAAUAGAAUUUCUUGAGCCUGAGGAGUCCAUUACUGUCUCAAUGGGUAUUGACUUUUGUGAUUCUACUCAGACUGCCAGUUUCCAGUUGUGUACAAAGGAAGAUCACUUCAAUGUUAAUAUUCAGCCCCCUGUUGGAGAACUACUUUUACCUGUCACUAUGUCAGAGAAGGACUUUAAAACAGAGCAAGGAAUGCUCACCGGAAUGAAUGAGACCUCUACAACAAUCACUGUUGCUCCACAGAAUUCCACUCGUCUUGUGUUACUUGAGAAGGUGGUAAAGGCAGCAAACUUGGGUGUUGUUCCAUCUGGUCAAGAUAACAUACACAGGUUUUCAGCUAAAACUGUGCACAGUGGGUCAUUGAUGCUAGUCACAGUGGAGCUGAAGGAAGGCUCUACAGCACAGCUCAUCAUAAACACUGAGAAAACGGUGAUUGGUUCUAUUCUACUGCGGGAGCUGAAGCCUGUCCUGUCCCAGGGGUAACCUGCUUACAUCUGGACUUCAGAAUCUGGCACACAACAAAAGUGCCUGGCAUCCACUAUUGCUGCCUUUCAUUUAUAAUAAUAGCCUUUCCAUCUGGCAGUGGGAGAAGAAUACACUCUUGACAUUCUUGUCUCCUGCUUUAGAAUGCUGGUGUGUAUCUAUCAUGUAUGCAAGGGGUUUUUUCUGCUUGCUAACCAAAGAACAUAUAUUUUACUGUCAUUUAGCUACACCCUUAAAAGUAUUUCCCAGUUGUUCUAUCCUGGUACUUCCCCUCUCUUUCCUCCUACUCCCCCCUCCACUUUUUCCUGCUAUAAAACAUAACUAUUUGAUAAUAAAGUUUGGGGAAAAUCAGCUUGCCUGAGCAGUGAGCUAAAAUGGGAAAGAGAGACUCCAGCAGAAUCUACAAGGUACAUAGUAUAGGAUGGAUUUGUUGUAUGAGACGUGUAAAAGGACAAUAAACUUACUAGAGAAUAUCAUUGUCCAAUAAAGCUGCUUGUAAGCUUGAACUCAUACAUGUUAUAAACAGUCGUUUCCAGCUACUGCCAUAUUGUCAAAUAUUUCUAAAUGUUAAGACUCCAGUAAAGUAGUGUUAUGAAUGGA